AUGAGGAUGCGGGGGAUUCCUCUAAAAUGCCCUCAAUGUUCCCGAAAGAUAAACAGCUCUGGGAUCUACAGGAAGGUGAGAGAGGUGAUUGACGUGGAUAGACGCUACUACCUGGUGGGAGGAGACAAUCCACGUUGCAACAAGUGCUCUCUGCCGGUCUGCCCAUGGAGCCAGGACAUCCUCACGCAGCUGGAUGUAGCCCACAGGAGCAUGUUUCCCGCUGUCCUCACUACACACCUGGCUCUGGACAGGAAAUGUAUGACCUUCCUGAAGCCGAGGACCAGCGGAAACAGCUCCUCCUACUUCCAAGCGGCAAUAGAGGAAGUGCACAGCGAGGAGUGGGCACGUCAGGCCAUCCGAUACCUCUCGGACUGUGAGAGCCAUCAGAAGAUGGCUACCUUUGUCCCCUCUGCAGCUGCCUAUCCUCCUCCACUGCCCUUUAGGCCCCUUCUAUUUGCUCAGUGGUUUGAGACUGUCCACUCCAACGACAUCCUCAGCCAUGUGGAGGAAAUGAAGGGAGUCAUCACUUCUACCUAUGGUAGAAUUCUUAAGAUGGAUUCGACCAAGAAGGUCACCAAGAAGCUGGCUGGUGGAAUAGGGGGCAGCGCUGCAUGGAUGACAAACAUCGGUAACGAGUUUGGGCAGGUUCUGAACUCUGUUCUGACGACGGGUGAAGGUGCAGGGUUGGAAGAGCUGUGCCAGGGCAUUAUCACCCGUUAUAAGAACGUGGGCAAAGAUGAACCUGAGGUCAUCUAUGUGGACCGGGACUGA